AUGGGAAAUAUUUUGCCUUGUUGUAAAUCAGCAAAUUGGGCAGCAAUUGAACGAACAAACAUUAAAAGACAAAAACGCUUCGAAGAAGCUAAACGAAAUGUUGAUGAAUAUGGACAGGAUCCAAGUGAAAGAGAAAAAAUUAGAGGAAUGUCAUUAACUGAAUUACAAAAAGCACUUCAAAAUGAAGAAUUAACAGCUACACAAACACUUUAUGCCUUUGCUUAUUAUGCAUUGGAAGUGAAUGGCAAAAUUAAUUGUAUUGCUGAAUUUUUUAAUGAAUCCUUUGAGGAAGCCAAAAAGCUUGACAAAGAAUUUGAGAAGAAGGAGAAACCUCCCCUUUUUGGUCUUCCAUUUAGCGUUAAAGCUAAUUUUUUUAUAAAAGGUUAUGAUUGUUGUAUUGGAAAUGCUCGUUUGUUGGAUAAUCCGCGUGCAAAAGACUGCACUUUUAUUACAUUACUUCGCCAACUCGGUGCCGUUCCAUUUUGCUACACAAAUGUGCCACAGACUUUAAUUAGUUUUGCCUGCUCAAAUCCUGUUUAUGGGACUACUAAAAAUCCUUAUAAUGCUUUAAGAACUCCAGGCGGCUCCUCAGGAGGUGAAGCUGCACUCCUUGCUGCCCGUGGCACAGCAUUUGCAACUGGUGGUGAUGUAGGCGGUUCUUUGCGUAUUCCUGCCCAUUUCUGUGGAGUUACUACUUUAAAGCCUUGCCAAGCUCGUUUCCAAAUUCAACAAGCAUUUGAAGGUUUGCCUGGUAUUGGACGAUUAGGAUUGGGAAGUGGAGUUUUUGCACAUACAGCAGAGGAAUUAACGUUUUUGCUUAGCCAUAUACUUGGAAAUGUAGAAUAUCAUAAACUUGUGCCUGAAAGUAUUCCUCUUCCUCUAAAUUUACAAAAAAUGGAAGAAUUUAAUCAACGUUGGGAAGCUAAACAAUUACGGAUUGGUUAUAAUUUUGAUGAUGGAUUUAUUAAACCUGUCCCCGCUCUUUUGUUUAAAAAUAUUUCUUGUGAUGGUGGUGCUUUUCUUAAGAAAACAUUUUCUGAAAAUCCAGUUGACAAAUAUUUAAAAAGAUUUGCUUUGAUGUUAAAGAUACCUCUUUGUGUUCGGUGGUUACUUGCUUUUAUUUUUGACAUUUUCUGUCCUCAAUUGGCAAUUCUUAUGCGUGCUUAUGUUCGUACUCCAAAUGAUGUCCGUCAGUCGCAAGAACAACUUGAUGAAUAUUUCACUGAACAAUGGUUGGCUUCGAAUUUAGAUUUGCUGAUUGUUCCUGCUUUUUCUUUUCCUGCAAUUCCUUAUGAUGCGUGCAGUGAUCUUGCUGCUGCGGCAUUCGAAACUGGCUUAUAUAAUAUGCUCGAUUACCCUGUUGGGUGUUUACCUGUUGACAAAGUAACAUCGGAAGAUGACAAAGCACUUUCAGACGAAACUCAAUGGGCAACAGAUUGGAAUCCCAUCCUUAAAAGAAUUCGUUAUGCAGCAGCAAAUUCUGUCGGUUUGCCUGUUAAUAUUCAAAUUGUUGGGUUACCUUUUGAGGAUGAAAAAUGCUUGGCUUUAAUGCGUAUUUUAGAAAAGAAAUUAAAAGAUACCAAAAAUGACUUAUAA